AUGCAACUAAUCAGCGAUACUGUGGAUCACGUGAUCGGCGAACGGGUGGCCACCGACGCACAGGUGCCCGACUUUUUACAGCACUCGGUCAACGCCAGCGUAUGGGCCGACACAUACCCAACCCCUCCCGUAAACGUUAAUAAGGCUUUUGAUAAAUUGACCAAGGAUGAGGUGAUUGGUCAGGCAAUUAACAUGUUGGCCGCCGGACACGAGACCACUGCGUCCCAGUUGUGUCUAAUCACACGCAUACUUGCGCUCAAACCCUGGUAUCAAACAAAACUGGUUCACGAGAUUCAUAACACACUGUAUACUAAGGAUACCAAUGAGUUGUCUAUGGAUUACGAAAAGUUGCAAAAAAUGCCAUUUUUGGACGCGUUUAUCAAAGAAGUGAUGCGAGUUAACUGUUCGGUCACC